GAAACACGCUACUUAAGGUUUAAUAUUUUAUCAAGGGAAAAAUAAUUAUGGCUGACAAUUGGGACACUUCAAUUAGCCCAUUUUUUUUCAUACCAUUCAUAGGAUUUGUCGUAUUUUCAAUCUGUGUAUGUGGUUGCGUAUGUUUUGCUAUAAUGAUGAGAAAACGAAAACAAGCUUUAUACUCAAAUCCUAUUGUUGUAACAUCACACACUCACGAACCGAUUGGAAAUCAACAACCAACACAUCAAGUGCAGAUUCAGACAAGCAGGAAUGACACAUUUGAAAUGAAUUUACAAACUGAUAAUCACAUGCCUUCAUAUCAACAAAAUGUUUCUAUGCCAAUGCCGAUGCCGAUGCCGAUGCCUCAAACAAACUAUCAUAAUGAAUCCCAAAUUACAGUACCUACAGCACCUUCAGCACCUACAGCACCUUAUCCGACAACCUCAUACAUUUCUCCAUAUCCAGUAAACCAACCAUCAGUUACAAUGGGCCAUAAUGUUGAAUCACAAGAAAAUUCUAAUCCUCCAUCUUACAAUCAAGUUGUAGGUUGGGAAACAAAAAAAAUUUAAUAUUAAUUAAAUAAUUUAUACCGCUAUAGCUUGUUUAAGUAAUUUUAAGUAUCUAAUAAUAAAUGAUUUGAUAAGCU